AAACACAUGGUCGAUGCUCGAAGGAAGAACCAAACAGAAUUCCACGUUUGAUGAAAUUAUUUUUUAUUGAAUCUUUUUUAAGAAUUUCAAAUUAUAACUUUAAAAAUGACUAAAGGAUUUCAUAAAAAACCAAGCAAACGAAUCCCUGCCAAACGGCGAUAUAAAGUUGAAAAAAGAGUUCGUGAUCAUAAUCGUAAAUUACGAAAAGAAUUGAAAAAGAAAACAUCGACAAGAAAUAAACGUCGAGAUCCUGGAAUACCGAAUAGUUUACCAUUUAAAGAACAAAUUUUAAAUGAAAUUCAAGAACAUAAGAAAAUAGCCGAAGAACAAAAAGAGCUACAGAAAUUACAAUUGAAAAAAAUUCGUCAAGCCAAACAACAGGAAACCGAUGAAGAUCGACGUAAACGUGAUUUCGAAACAUUAUUAUUGAAUGCUGAAAAAAGAGCUGCCGAUUUUGAAAAUAAAACCGCAGUUGAAGAAUAUUUAAUCAAUAAAAAUUCCGAUUUAUCAAAUACAAAAUCAUUUUAUAAAGAUGUUGAAAAAGUUCUCGAAUCAUCCGAUAUAAUUAUCGAAGUUAUUGAUGCACGUGAUCCACUUGGUACACGUUGUUUUGAAAUUGAAGAAAUCAUCGCAAAAAAUCAUCCGGAUAAAAAAAUUAUUUUAUUAAUGAACAAAUGUGAUUUGAUACCCAAAACAAAUCUUAUUAAAUGGUUAAAAUAUCUGAGAAAUUAUUUUAUUACAGUACCAUUCAAAUCUUGUACACAAAAUCAAUCAAAAAAUCUAAGUACAAGUAAAGUAAAUAUCCUGUACAGUUCAGAUGAAUUGAUGAAAUCAAAUAAAUGUCUUGGUUUGGAUUUUCUAAUGAAAAUCUUGAACAAUUAUUGUCAUAAUCGAAAUGUUAAAACAUCAAUAAUGAUCGGUAUUGUUGGUUAUCCAAAUGUUGGUAAAUCAAGUGUUAUUAAUAGUUUAAAACGUACAUAUGUUUGUAAUGUUGGUCCAACACCAGGUCUGACGCGUUCAAUGCAAACUGUAUCGUUGGAUAAAAAGAUUAAAUUAAUUGAUUCACCGGGUAUUGUUUUUGCUAAAAAUUCUUCUGGUAGCAGUUCAUCCACGACCACAAAUGCAUCAAUAUUAGCUUUACGUAAUGCAAUUAAUAUUGAUAAAUUAGAUGAUCCAAUAUUACCGGUUCGAGCUAUUUUGAAUCGUAUAAAUCCCAAAGAUUUAUCCCGAAUUUAUGGCCUAACCGAAUUCGAAACGGUUGAAGAAUUUCUAAGAUUAAUUGCUAAACGUUUUGGAAAAAUUAAUAAAGGUGGUCGACUAAAUCUAGAAUCAUCGGCAAAAAAAAUUUUACAAGAUUGGAAUUCAGGAAAAUUAAAAUAUUAUACAAUACCACCGGAAGAAUUGAAUUCAACAAUUCAAUUAAAAUUUGUUGAUAAAUUAACGGAAAAAGAAUUUACUGUCGAUCAAAUGUCCGAAGAAACCUAUGAACAAAUGAUGGAUGAAAAUUUAGAACAAUUUAACUUACCAUCAGAAAAUGAUGAAGAUUCUAUUGCAAUCAAAACAUUGAUUCAAAUCGAUGAUGAUGAUGAUCAAGAUGUUUGUAUGGAAACAUCAUCAUCGGUUAAAAAGAUGAUGACCAAUUCGAACGAUAACGAUGAUGAUGAUGUUGAAAUGAAAGAAUCAGUAUCGGGUAUGCAAUUGAAUAAAAAUAUUCGAACACAAUUUAAACGAAUGAAAAAACAGCGUAAAAAAGAUUCAAAAUUAUCGAAUCAAUUGGAAAAGAUUAAUCUUGAACAUGCGGAGGAUGAGGAUUAUGAAUUUGAUGAUUAUUUUUAGAAAAUUUUUUUGUUAUAAAAAUUUAAAUAAAAUUUUCUUUUUUUGGAAAA